AUGAAUUCACUACUAAUUCGCUCUCUGGAACGUCUGGCUAGGACACGGCGUGCUGACAUUCGCGCUCCUCAGAUCCGUAGUUUCUCCUGCGCAACGAAGCUCUUGUACGCCCACGAGCAACGGAUUCUAUUUCCAAAAGCUAGCCCGACUCAGUUGCCUUCCGCAAACGUACAAGACUCAAAGAUCGUAAUAAACUGGGAGACGAAUGUACAAUCUAAAUUCCAUAGCAUUUGGUUGAGAGACCAUUGCCGAUGUCCUCAGUGCUUCCAUCCUAUCACGAAGCAACGUCUCGUGAACACAUUCCAGUUACCUCCCGCGAUCAAACCCGUCAGCUUCCAGGUGCUACCACAAGGCCUUGAGGUUACUUGGUCCUCCACGGACAGUCAUAAAUCAGUAUACCCUUGGACUUGGCUCCAACGAAACUCUUAUGACCCGAAGUUCGAUGCCGUUCCAGAUGUCGACAAGAAAUCUUUAUGGGGUUCAUCGAUUCAAAAGAGUCCCCCAACGGUUCAAUACGGCGAAGUGAUGUCCAACGACGACAAAGGGCUAUACCAAUGGCUAUCCCAUGUGCACGAACAUGGCUUCUGCUUCGUUUCUGGUGUCCCAGCGACGCCAGAGGCAACCGAAGAAUUGUCUCGACGUAUCGGUUUUAUUCGCGAGACCCAGUAUGGACAAUUUUGGGACUUCACAUCUGACCUCGCUAAGGGCGAUACGGCGUACACGACGCUGGCCCUCGGUGCGCACACCGAUAACACAUAUUUCACCGACCCUUGUGGACUGCAACUUUUCCACCUGCUCUCUCACACCGAGGGCACUGGAGGGGCCACGCUGCUCGUCGAUGGGUUUUACGUCGCAUCCCUCAUCAAGGACAAACACCCAGAUGCCUACGCCCUACUAUCCAACACCCCCAUCCCCGCCCACGCAGCCGGCGAACCAUCGUCCAUCUACUGCCCCAGCCCCUCUUCGGGCUAUCCGGUGCUCGGCCACGACAUCUCAACUGGCAAGCUCACCACCGUACGCUGGAACAAUGACGACAGAAGCGUAAUGAAGCACAUCGCACCCCAUUUAGUGGAGGAGUGGUACGACGCCAUCUCUGUAUGGUACAAAUACCUCACCAGUCCCGAAUGCGAAUACUGGGUGCAGCUGAACCCUGGCACAGCUGUCGUAAUCGACAAUCAUCGCGUCCUGCACGGCCGCUCUGCAUUCGAUGGCAAACGGCGCAUGUGCGGGGCCUACAUCGGCAUCGACGAAUAUCACUCCAAACUCGCGACACUGCGCGAGAAAUUCAAUCCUACCCCAUACGCCACGACAAAUGAGCAUACCAUCAAUGGUCGAUCUAUCUGGCAUCCAGCAUUGUAG